UGCUUGAGUGUAGCACGACAGUACCCGGAUGAAGUGUCAUGGCCGCCGUCGCUGUGGUUCCACAGAGAGGAGAGGAGCAAGGCGAAUGUCUCAGCUGGAGAUUUUUCCGUGCUCAACAUUGUUUUUACAAUGUAGGACGACAGCGCCACACUACCUAGACCUACAUCGAGUUCUUCGUGCAGGUCCGGGGUCUGCAAAAUAUUUGAGAUCUGUUGUCUGAAAAUACAGAUAUCUGUGGAUCUAAUAGUAUGGAGGAUCACAUAAUAACUCAGGAUUCUGUCAAAAGCUGUGGGAUUCUUUCAAAGGAGGACGAACGGGAAAAGAUGAAGGACUUUGUCUACAAGCAUUUCCGAGAGGUUACGGAUCACCCUGUGCUGAUGGAGGAUGGAAGUGCUCGGAACGACAGGAUAGUGCGGAGCAAAAGCCACUGUAGGGUUCAGCAGGGGGCAUUUUUCUCUGGAAAGAUUCUCAGUUUUGGAUGUUCUGUGUGUAAAGACUGUUUUACUUACAGCCCCAAUGACCUUCUAAAACACUUCCGAUUAGCUCAUAGAGGCGCCCUUCCCACUUACCCGUGUGAUCUGUGUGGCUUUGUCACCAAUGAGUUCUCCGUCCUGCAGCGCCAUCGCAUUGAGCAUAGGAAUACUCUGGUGACCUGUGAGCUGUGCCAGGAUGGCGUUCAGUACUCUCUGCUCCUCCUCACCAGACACUACACCAUGUGUCACAGCCUAAACGGACACUUCACCUGUGACUGGUGCCACUUCUCCACCGUGGACGCAGGCACGUUUGUGCAGCACAUCCAUCACCAUAAAGAGACCUCCUGGAAGUGUUCAAAGUGUACACACUUGAGCACGAGUGAAGCAGAACACCAAAAGCAUUUGAAAGGCCACUCUGGUACAUUUCCUUUCACCUGUGACGUCUGUGGAUAUGGAACUGCAAAAAAGGAAUACCUCAAGAACCACAUAGCAGCUAUUCACAAAUCAGAGAAAAAGAGUGUCUGGACUGCUAUUGAAGACAAUGGGGAUGUAAAUUCACCUGCAAGUCUCAAACUUCUACUUAAAAAGACCUCGCCUCCAUCUGAAGAGUCAAAGGAAGAUAAUCAAAUGUCUAAAGUGAACAUAGUUUCUGGUUGUAAAGCUCACACAAAUGACAAGCUACUAUCAACUGUGUCUUCUGAUGAAGCAAGCCAGCUAUCUCAAGAUGCAUUGGCAAAAAAGGACAAUAGAAACACCAAAAACUGCAAUAAUAAACUAGAAACAUCAGUAGUAGAUGUGUUACAUGAGGCAGAGCACUCUCAGAGCUCUGACUCAAGUCAAACCAGCCCCAAUGGCAUGACUGUUGUCAGAGUGAAAAACAAACUGUCUCUUCCUCCUAACUGCACCACCAAAGUCAUUGGUUUUAAAAUGGUAGAUGGUAAAAAGCACUUAGUUCUUAAAGUGAUACAGGCAUCAACAGCCUCAGAUUCUUGUGCCCAGCAAGAUCACGGAGAGUUCCCCAAUGGUAGAAAUUCAACACUAGACAGCCUUCAGGCAGAUGAUAUAAUGACUGUAAAGGUAAAAGUAGAAGAGGAAGAAACAUUGGUUUCCAAUUUAGAUUCAAGUUCAAAUGAUACAUAUUUUAGUAAUCAUGCAUGUAGUAGUUCCAUUUCAGAGGAACAUCAUAUAACAAAAAAUCAAGAUCAGGAUACCAGUCGUUGUCAACCACCCGCUUGCAGUAAAAUAACCAUUAAAGACAUAAAUUCUGUUACCACUCAGCUGCUUAGCAAUGCUACAAAUUCCUGUGUUUCUCCAACUAUAGCAUCAAAGAAUUCUCAUCUUGAAAAUGGUGACUGUAUAAAUGCAUUGUUGUCUCAUACAUUAGCAACAGACAAACAUGUCUUUGCAGGAGACUCAUCCCUAGACACUACUGCUACAGAAAGAGACCAACAUUUAGUUUCAGCUUCUUCCAGUUCCUGCAGAGAUACAGGAAAUAGUUCUAUUCCAACACAAGAGGUCUUCACAUUUCAUAAUUAUUCAAAGGAGACCACUAGCUCUUCGCCCGAUUUUGGCCCCAGCAGUCACAGUUUAUUUGAGCUUUCAGCUGAAAAGGAAGUGUCACCACAAUUUAGGUUGGCAUUGACUGAGUCGUGUGAGACAGAGCAGGCCAGAGUGGAGGCAGAUGUAGAUGUGAAUAGGUGUGAAGAAAGGAACAGAGGGGGCAGUAGUGAUAUAGAAAUAGAUGGGUGCAUUGCUGAUGUAGAACUGGAGGAAAACCCAGAGUCUGUACUGCAAGAUUUUAACAUUAUUAAAAUUGAAGAAGAUAACAUUCCCAUAUCUAACCCACCAUUAAACCAUCUCAGUCCAGCAGCAGAUGAACAUUCUGAUACUGUUUCAACCCAACAACCCAAUAAAGAAAAAAAUGAUUCUGCAGGUUGUUCAGAAAACACUGACAUAAAGCAAAACAAAACAACAUUAAGAAUCCUUCAGUUGCCAGAGGGCAAGCAAUCAGUGUUGUUGAGGACUGCAGAAAGUCGCUUUGCUGUGCCAGUGCAUGUCAAAGCAUCACCAGGGUUUAAACUCAUCACAAAUUCAACAAAUCCCCAGAUCAAUGUGUCCUACAUGAAAUCAGCAGGUGACAAAACGGCUAACUCUGGGAUUGUGCUAGGUUCAAACAGCAAAAUAAUAGGUGUUCCUUCAGGGAAAGGUGCAGCACUUCUAACUGCAUCUAAACAAGGCAUUGCCAGUUCCUCAAACCACUACCUAAUCACAUCAGACUUGAAGCGCCCUUUACUCCUUCCUAGAACAUUAAAUAACACACCUGCUGACAAAACUACAAAGACUUGCUAUGUGCUGCAAAGGUCAUCAUUACCGGUGGCUCAAACCUCCCCUGCUCCAGGACUUAGACUUGCCAGUACACAACUUUCUCUUAACUCUCGGCCGCUUCUGGCUAUGCCAGCAAGUUCAGCAGAAAGCACUGGCAAUCUGCAAAGUGGUCGGCAAACAUUCUUGCUUCGAUAUGUUUCUCCUAAUAAAUCAGGCUUACCGGUGUCCAAUGAGGAAAUAAAGGGGACAAAACCUGCUGGACCACGUACUCAACCAAAUGACAAUGCAGGGAACAAAUUAUUUUUUAAAAUUGUAAGUCCUCCAAAUAGUCUUCUUUCUAAUGCCUCCCCUGUGUCUCGCAGUCACCCUCUACUUUUGGCCACAAGACCUCAGACACAGUGUUUCUUGCUGUCCCCAAACAGUCAUUCUGCUGGUAUAAAGAAAUUUAUUGCAGUACAAAAUGCUUCACAGGGCAUUGUUAGAAAGGCAAGUGUUUUUCACUCUCCAGUGAAGGUUCAGCCUAGUGAAGCUGAUAAACCUAUUCUAGCGCCUCGUCCAAUUCGACCACCAAGUCAAAGGAAGAGACGUCGGAAACUGCUAUUUGAUGAAUUGCCUGCGACUAGCCAUAAAGUACGAAAGCUCUCCAACAAAGCUUUGCCCGAGAAGGAGCCUGUUGUUUUGUGGAGCCCUGUAGCCAAAGACCAAGAGAGGACCCUGAGGCUCUCUCCCCUGAGCUCUGAGCAGCACGUUAAAUGGCCUAGACGAUGCCAGCCUGUGGUGGUGCUCAAUCAUCCGGACGCGGACAUUCCUGAGGUAGCUAGCAUCAUGAAGGUGGUUCAGCGGCAUAGAGGGGCUGUCACCAAAGUCAGCCUCUCUCAAAAAACUAUCCAAGCUCUCAUUGAUCUUUCAGCCACAAAAUCCUCAACCAAAGAUAACUCAUCUCAAAGUGACUGCCCUCAGCCGCGCACAGUGCAGAGCUCUGUCCGUGAGCGGUAUCUUCUCAAGCUAAAGUUGAGGAGAAAAAGCAGAAAGAAGUAUCGCCUUGUGCGCACGGUUCCGGACCCACAGCUCUCUGUAGUGUUUACCUGUUGGUUCUGUGGCCGCCUGUUCAACAGUCAGGAGGCUUGGAUUGGCCACGGCCAGCGCCACUUGUUGGAGGCCACAAGAGACUGGAACACUCUAGUGUAAACACAGACAUUUGUAAGGACCUAAAAUUGUCAAAUAUCCUGUACUGUAAAUACUGAUUUUUAUUUGAUUUUCAUCUUUUCAACAGUGCAUAUUCCAGUAAAUUAUAAUGCAAAUGAAAAGUGUGGAUGUUGCAUGCAUGCACAGGUCAGAUUUAACUGAAAUCAUGCCCUCUUUUCAGAGCACUGUUAAAGAGGGACACAUUGUUAAUAUGCACAUCAAUACACUGCUCAGGUAACUUCAAAUUCCGGUCUAUUUUUGCUAAACGUGGCUCUACACCAUGAGUGUUACAAACAAUGUGUAGGUCCUGUUUAAUUUACAUUCCCAUGUCCUGCCCCUCAAGUGGCCACAUGGACCACACACUCUGAUUGCAGGGUACAGACUCCAUGAUCUGUUAUUUAUUCACUCACUCUAUUUUACCUUUUCUUUAUAGUAACUGUAAAAUCUACUUGCUGUAACGCCCUGUAGCUGUUCAGUAAAUGUAUAAUUUUAUAGUAUUUGUUUAGUGGCAAGAUGCUUAUUUCUCAUUAUUUCAUGGUUGUUUACCAAAAAGGUGCUGUUGUAAUGAAUGUGUCAUUCCCCAAUAUGCAAAAGUGUACUAAGCAGUGGGAAACACUGCAGCCAAUGCUCUCCCCAAUCUUCCGAACACUAUCCUCUAUUGUCAUUUCAAAGAGACAUCCAGGGCUCCAAAAAUCCCUCCUCAAACCCUCAGCAUUGUUUGUUGGCGUUGUUUGUUGAGGUAAUUUCCAAAUGUAACAGACACGCAAAUAGACACUGCUUAAAUUCUAAAAACAGUGUGAUGUGUCCUCCACCCCGCUCCUUACUGACUUUUAUUCCUCACUGUUUUGUAAGGUGAUUCUGCAUCAGAGGGGGUUUACCAUACUCAUGACAGCUGUCAAUCACUGUUGCACUGUAACUGCAUGUUAUCUGCCCACUUUUCCAGUUUACUAUUGAUCUUUUAAGAAGCAAACCUCCAAUUGUUAAUCAUCAUGCUUUUUUUUUUGAACUAGGUUUGGUUUAUGGCAGUGUCCCUAAUGGCAACGCAUACCACCCAACUCUCCACUGGAACUAUAAAUUAAUAAUGCACAAUCACUAUUUGAGUAAUAUGUCAUGGUCACCACUUCUUUUAAUUCAGUUAUUUAAAAAUAUUUCGUAGCCUAAACCUAAGCCCAGAUAUUUUAUUUAAAAGUCGAAGAACUGGGACAAACAUGACAACUAUGGGACUAUGUUCUAUUGCUCAUCUUCUAUCUGUGAACAUGCACUCGAAGAACAUCACUCAAAACCAAGACAUUACUUAUUCUGCAGUGCUGUUUAGUUUGGUGAAAUCAAAAAAGUUAAUUAAAAUAUUAUUCUGUAUUUUGUAUACAUUUUUUGUUUGUUUGCCUAAAUCAUUUUGGAAUUCUUUGUUGAAUUUGAAUGGCCAGUCAUACAUAAUACAUUGUAUAUAUUGUUCAGUACAAAAUCUUUUGAUUUUUAAAUUACUCCACUAAAUGAGAGUUUAUCAGGCAUGGUGAGCAGGUUCUUUAAAAAGCAGCCUUUGACUUCUGAAUGGAUGUACGUGUUUGUGUCCACUCUGAGGUGUAGCUUGUCCUUCUUUGUGCAGGUACCUCUGUCCUCUCCAAGUGCCUCUGCGUCCCCUGGACUGGUCGACAUGUGUUCUGUAUUUUGUCUGACCUUAUGCUCUUGUUUAAUAAAUGUACAGAUCUCCCUA